CUUCUCUGGCUUAGGAUGAGACGUCAAGGCCUGCUAGCGUUGCUCCUCAUCGUGUUCCGUGGCUUCGCCGCCGAAGAGCCGCAGCUGCCCUGCGUUCCGCGCGACUUCGGUUUCGGUUCCGUGGUGUGCGUGUGCAACGCCUCCUACUGCGACACGCUCCCGACCCCCGUCCUGCCCUCCGCCGGGAGGGCGCUUGUCUUCACGUCGGACAUCGAGGGCGCCAGGUUCCUGCGGACGCAGCUCUCCUUCUCGGACAAUCAGAAUGGCACGGGAGCCGACGUCGCCCGCUUCGCGCUGGAGUCGACGGCCUUCCAGACGGUGGUCGGCUGGGGAGGAGCCUUCACGGACGCCGCCGCCAAGAACAUCCUCGACCUGUCGCCGGACGCUCAGGACCGACUCCUCAGCUCCUACUUCUCGCCCUCGGGUCUCGAGUACAACAUCGGGCGCGUGAACAUGGGCGGCUGCGACUUCUCGUGGCGCACGUACACCUACGCCGACGCGGAGGGGGACGUGGAGCUCAGCACCUUCGCCCUCCAGCCGGAGGACACGGACUACAAGAUCCCGGUGAUCAAGCGGGCGGAGGCGCUGGCCGGGCGGCCGCUGAAGCUAUUUGCGUCGCCGUGGACGGCGCCCAAGUGGAUGAAGACCAACAACGACUACGUGGGCUACGGCCAGCUGCGAACCGACAUGUACCAGCCCUGGGCCGACUACUUCGUCAGGUUCCUGGACGAAUACGCGGCCCAAGGAAUCACGUACUGGGGCCUGACGACGCAGAACCAGCCAUAUGACGGGUAUCUGCCAGACUUCAGCUUCAACUGCAUGGGCUGGACGGCAGAGGAGCAGCGCAAGUGGGUGGCGGAGAACCUCGGGCCGACGCUGCUGCAACAUGGCUAUGAGGGCGUCAAGCUCAUGAUUCUCGACGACCAGAGAUACCAGUUACCAGAGUGGGCUGAGAGUGUUCUGAACGACCCCGUGGCAGCCCAGUACGUGGAUGGGAUCGCCGUGCACUGGUACACGGACCAGUACGUCGGGCCAGAGCGUCUGACGCAGACACACGACCUCUUUCCCGACGUCUUCAUCCUCGGCACCGAGGCCUGUGAGGGAUCUUUUCCAUUUGCGGUGGACGUCGCCCUUGGCAAGUGGGAGCGGUUGGAGAGCUACGCCCGUUACAUAAUUGAGGACAUGAACCACUGGGUCACGGGUUGGAUGGACUGGAAUCUGGCGCUGGACAUGCAAGGGGGUCCCAACUGGGCAGAGAAUUUCGUCGACGCUCCCAUCAUUGUGAAUAAGGAAGCAGACGAGUUCUACAAGAACCCGAUGUUCUACGCGAUGGGCCACUUCUCCAAGUUCGUGAAGGAGGGGGCGACGAAGCUGGGCCUCGCCUCCGAAAACCAGAAGAAGCUGGACGCCACCGCCUUCAGGAACCCCGACGGCUCCACAGCUGUCGUUAUCCUCAACAGAUCUAUAAAAACUGUGGAAACAGUUUUGGAGACUGAAGAUCGUGGAUCACUAAGGCUCAGUGUGGGACCCAGAUCACUGCAAACCAUCGUCUUUGUGUGACCUAAUCGAGGUCAUAUAAAUGGUCAACCUAUCGUGGAAACUAAUAUAUGUUGAUGGGUUAUUUAUAUAUCAGCCCAUUAAAGGAAAAAAGGUUAUUUGUGGAAACCGAUGCAGAAUUGCCAUGUCAGCCUUUUAUAUAUUGCAUUUCCCUAUGUAGUGUAAAAUACAAUUAUGUAAGUUAAAGCACCACUAUAUUCUGCAUUAUCUGUGAUGUAAAAUUGGAAUUCUAUACUCGUUUAGCCAUAUGGUGUGAAUAACAAAGACUCAAUCCUGUAUGAUAGUAUAUUCUGUACACUAAUUUUGUUCAAGAUCUACAAUAAAAGUAGUCGAAUGUUGCAUGUUGCCAUAUGCUGUUGCAGUAAAACAUUACCACGGCUAUAGGGGGACUUCUGUUGGCUACUCGGAGCAUCACAA